CAACAGUUUGCGACAACUACCAUUUCCACCCCAGAAGUCGUGCGGAUAGACCGAGCGGUCCCCAAUUUACACAAUGCCGGACGAGAAUGUUUCCUCUCCUCCCCUACCUACGCCACGAUCAAAACCAGUCAGCGAGGCACUUUUGAAUGAGAAGUGGGAUCGUGCAAUUUCAGAUACCGUGAUCAAGUCCGGGCUUGGUUUCUCUUUCGGUGUUAUAUUCUCAGUCUUGCUUUUCAAGCGAAGAGCAUGGCCCGUAUGGUUUGGAACUGGUUUUGGCGCAGGAAGAGCUUGGGAAGCAGCUGAUGCCAACUUCAAGAGAGGUGACUCUACAGACGGCCUGAGAAAAGUACGCACUGAACGGUAGAAGGCUAGUCGAGGAAGGGGAAAUUGUUGUCUGAGCAUUGCUAUCGAACUGUACAGUUGUACAACGUAUCCGCUAAACUUCGAUCAGAAGUUGAACUGAUAUUUUAUGAGCCAGUCUCGUAUUGAACUACGACACUGCCAUGGUUCUCCAUACCCCAUUCGCUAUCUACUGCUCUUCUCGUUUUCGAUCUCGCGUCGAAUGUUUUC